GCGAUCAAUUGAGUGAUAAUCGCAGAUUAGAAAGAGAGCCAGCGAGCGAGGAGAGAGAGAGAAGUAUAAAGCAAGAGAAACAAAAGAGAGUGGAAUCCUGGGAAUAGCACAAUCCUCGAUGCGAGUGUAUCAAUGAAUCCUUGAAGUUUUCUCUUGCUGUUUCUUCCGCUUUUCUCGUAACCAAACAUCUUAAUCUUCGCCGCCCUGCCUAGGGUUUCUCCAUUUCGAUCUACGUAACCGAUCCAGAAAUGGGAAAAGGAGGAGAGGAUUAUGGAAAACGAGAAAUGAUUACCUCUAGACCAACCGCCCAUCCAGUUGUGUUUCCUGCUUGGGCCAAAGAUAUCCAAGAAUGCGAGAAGCAUUACCAAGUUAACAAAAAAUGGGGAUUGUCAUCGGCGGAAGUCGAAAAUCGGCGCAAGAUCUACGGCUACAAUGAGUUGGAAAAACACGAAGGGCAAUCGUUAUGGAGUUUAAUCCUUGAACAGUUCAACGACACGUUAGUUCGAAUCUUACUCGUGGCCGCAGUAGUUUCUUUUGUCCUCGCUUGGUACGACGGUGAAGAAGGCGGUGAAAUGGAAAUUACCGCUUUCGUUGAACCGUUGGUAAUAUUUUUGAUCUUGAUCGUCAACGCCGUUGUCGGUGUUUGGCAAGAGAACAAUGCGGAGAAAGCAUUGGAAGCUUUGAAAGAGAUCCAAUCGGAACAAGCCACGGUGAUUCGAGAUGGAGUGAAAAUUCCUAACUUGCCGGCCAAAGAGCUCGUUCCCGGUGAUAUCAUCGAACUGAAAGUGGGGGAUAAAGUCCCUGCCGACAUGAGAGUUUUAGAGUUAGUUAGUUCCACUUUGAGAGUCGAGCAAGGUUCGUUAACCGGAGAGAGCGAGGCGGUUAAUAAAACCAGCAAGUUAGUUAGCGAAGACGCUGAUAUUCAGGGGAAAAGAAGCAUGGUUUUUGCGGGAACAACGGUGGUUAACGGAAAUUGUUUCUGUUUGGUUACGCAAAUUGGGAUGGAAACGGAGAUCGGGAAAGUCCACACUCAAAUCCAUGUGGCGGCGCAGAGUGAAGAAGAUACGCCGUUGAAGAAGAAGUUGAAUGAGUUUGGGGAGGUUUUGACGAUGAUAAUUGGGGUAGUUUGUGUCUUUGUUUGGUUAAUUAAUGUUAAAUACUUUCUUAGUUGGGAAUUUGUGGAUGGUUGGCCAAGGAAUUUUAAAUUUUCCUUCGAGAAAUGUACCUAUUAUUUUGAGAUUGCGGUUGCAUUGGCUGUUGCUGCCAUUCCUGAAGGAUUGCCGGCGGUUAUAACUACUUGUUUGGCACUUGGAACACGAAAAAUGGCUCAAAAGAAUGCGCUGGUGAGGAAGUUACCCAGUGUUGAAACAUUGGGAUGUACUACGGUGAUUUGCUCUGAUAAAACAGGGACCUUGACGACCAAUCAGAUGGCAGUGGCUAAGCUUGUGGCUAUGGGAGGUGAUGCGGGUAGGUUGAGGAGUUUUACGGUUGAUGGGACUACGUAUAAUCCUUCUGAUGGGAAAAUACACGAUUGGCCAAGUGGUGGAAUGGAUGCUAAUCUUCAAACUAUCGCGAAGAUUGCUGCUAUAUGUAAUGAUGCUGGUGUUACGCAUUCUGACAAUAAGUUUGUAGCUCAUGGAAUGCCUACCGAGGCAGCAAUAAAGGUUCUUGUUGAGAACAUGGGCCUCCCAAAAGGAUCUCAUAGUAGUGGAUCAGCUGGCAGUAAUGUUCUACGUUGUUGCCAAUGGUGGAAUGAGUAUGAGCAUCGGAUUGCAACCCUUGAGUUUGAUCGUGAUAGGAAGUCCAUGGGUGUUAUUGUCAAUUCCAAAUCAGGACGAAGGUCAUUGUUGGUGAAGGGAGCUGUAGAAAAUUUAUUAGAGAGAAGCUCAAAGAUGCAGUUGUGUGAUGGUUCUGUGGUACCACUGGAUCAGAAUUCUAGGAACCUUGUUUCCUGUGCUCUUCAAGAUAUGUCAAGCGGUCAAUUGCGGUGCUUGGGUUUUGCAUACAAAGAUGAGCUCCCCAAGUUUGAAACCUAUGAUGGCAGUGAUGACCAUCCAGCUCAUGACCAUUUACUUAACCCAUCCAACUAUUCAUCAAUUGAGAGCAAUCUCACUUUUGUUGGCUUAGUUGGAUUGAGGGACCCUCCUCGUGCAGAGGUCCAUCAAGCAAUUGUGGACUGUAAAGCAGCUGGUAUUCGUGUUAUGGUUAUUACUGGAGAUAACAAGGAUACAGCAGAAGCUAUAUGCCGUGAAAUAGGUGUAUUUAGACCCACUGAAGACAUCAGUUCAAAAAGUUUAACUGGAAAGGAAUUUAUGGAGCUGUUGGAUAAGAAAGCUCAUCUGAGACAAAGUGGUGGGCUUCUAUUUUCUAGAGCUGAACCAAGGCACAAGCAAGAGAUAUCUUGUGGAAAAAGUUAUUUAAGUGGGAUUGAGUUAUUUAUCAUACUUUAUUGCUUUGCACAGGUCAUUGGACUAUAUGUUGGAAUGGCAACUGUUGGUAUCUUUAUCAUUUGGUAUACACAUGGUUCGUUCUUGGGCAUAGAUCUAAGUGGGGAUGGCCACACCCUUGUCACAUACUCCCAGCUUGCCAAUUGGGGCCAGUGCUCAUCCUGGAAAAAUUUCACUGUUUCACCUUUCACAGCUGGUACUCAGGUCUUCUCCUUUGAAAACAAUCCCUGUGAUUAUUUCCAGGGUGGCAAAGUAAAAGCAAUGACCCUUUCCCUUUCUGUUUUGGUUGCCAUUGAAAUGUUCAACUCCCUUAAUGCCCUUUCUGAGGAUGGGAGCCUCCUGACAAUGCCUCCAUGGGUCAACCCUUGGCUCCUUCUGGCCAUGUCUGUCUCAUUUGGCCUGCACUUCUUGAUCCUCUAUGUGCCAUUCCUUGCUCAAGUAUUUGGUAUCGUGCCUUUAAGCUUUAAUGAAUGGCUACUAGUUCUCUCUGUUGCAUUCCCUGUGAUUUUGAUCGAUGAGAUCUUGAAGUUCAUAGGGAGGUCUACUAGUGGGAUUCAAUCAUCCAGGCAAAGACCUUUAAAGCCCAAAUCAGAGUGAACGAGUGAGCUUGGUUGAAAUUCGAGAAGUUGGAUGGUGCUUCUGAUACUGCAUCUCAGUAGAUGAAAUUCUUGUGAUCGCUCUUCGACAAGUAUUCUUAUCAUCUGAGUUCUGCUCUUGGUUCCAUCUGUAACCCCCGCUCAAUUUUACGAGGGGGGAUGGUUUGGGCCACAAAGGACUAAGCCACAAAGGACUAGCUAAACUACUCCUUUGUCACUGCUGUUUCCUAGGUUUUGUUUAAAUUCAAUUUUUUAAACUGUUAGAAAAUGCAAAAUAGAAGUAUUUUUUGAAUUAGCAACUCUUACUCUGUUAAUCAGUUGCAAGCUUUUCUUCCA